GCUGCGACGGUACGACCUGGCAACUGAGAGAGAGAGAGAUAGAGAAGAGGGGCGGUGACUUUCUUUUUUCAUUCCGCCUUAUCUCCUCCCUCCCUGUGUGUCUUUCUCCGAGCACCGGCGUGUACGUGUGUGUUGUACUGCUCCCCGAGCACACAAGAUCAUCAGAGGCACAAUGUCAAGCUCAGAAGAAAUGAAGAGGGCCAUCCAGCGUGCCCGUGAGGCCUUCCAGUGUGGCACCACCCUCAGCGUUGACUUCAGAAAGAGGCAACUGAAGGCCCUGAGGCGCAUGUACGAAGAGAAUGAGGCGGCCUUCUGCUCAGCGCUGGCCCAGGACCUGAAGAAACCCAAGCAGGAAGCCAUACUGCUGGAGCUGAACCUGCUGAAGGAUGACAUCACAUACAUCCUCUCCCGUAUGGACGACUGGAUCAAGCCGGAGAAGAUAUCACCAACCAUGUUGACCAUGUUUGACCAGCCACUGGUGUACCAUGAUCCUUAUGGUGUUGUCCUGGUGAUGGGGGCCUGGAACUAUCCUGUGCAGCUGGCCCUCCUCCCUGUGUCUGGAGCUAUAGCAGCAGGCAACUGUGUCAUCAUCAAGCCAUCUGAAGUCUCACCAGCCACAGCUGAAACCAUCGCCAAGCUCCUUCCUAAGUAUUUGGAUAAGGAGUGUUACCACGUAAUCUGUGGAGGAAUCCCUGAGACGACUGAGUUACUGAAGGAGCGUUUUGAUUACAUCUUCUACACUGGCUCCACUACAGUUGGCAAGAUUGUGAGGGACGCUGCCAACAAGAACCUCACACCUGUCACUCUGGAGCUGGGCGGGAAGAGCCCCGUUUACAUCGAUGACUCUGUGGACCUGGAGGUGGCCGUGCGUCGCAUUCUGUGGGGGAAGUGCAUCAAUCUGGGCCAGACGUGCAUUGCCCCAGACUACAUCUUGUGCUCCAAACAGCUUCAGGACAAGUUUGUGGAGGUGGCACGGCGUGUGGUGGAGGAGUGGUAUGGCACCAACCCCAAGACUUCUCCAGACUUGUGCAGGGUCAUCACUGAGAAGCAUGUGGACCGUCUGAGUGAGUACCUGAAGGAGGGUACGGUGGCAGUGGGUGGGGAGGUGGACAGGGAGCAGCUGUACAUCGCCCCCACCAUCCUUACUGAUGUCUCUCCCAAGAGCAAGGUGAUGACUGAGGAGAUUUUUGGCCCCAUCCUGCCCAUCGUCAAUGUGGAGUCUGCCUACGAGGCCAUCAGCUUCAUCAAUGCAAGAGCGAACCCCUUGGCUUUGUACAUUUUCUCCGACAAGCACACAUUAGUAAAGGAGAUGCUCAGUCGAGUCCCCUGUGGCGGGUGUACAGUCAAUGACACAAUGUUCCAUGCUGGAGUCCAUGACCUGCCAUUUGGAGGCAUUGGCAACAGUGGCAUGGGUGCGUACCAUGGCAAGGCUAGCUUUGAAACCUUCACCCACAACAAAUCCUGUCUCAUCCGCAACUACAACAAGGUAGCAGAGAUGAUUGGCAAGAUGCGCUACCCACCCUACAGUGACAAAAACACCAAGAGGCUGUCCAUGCUGCUCAAAGAGUUCAGCUUCCCCAACCUCAAGGCACUGUCCUACGUCCUGGUGUUUGGCCUCGGGGUGGCCUCUGUCUUCAUUGGCCAGGAGUUAGCCAAGACUGUGGGUCACGAUGAUUGAAGAGGAAGGUUGAACAGUGAGGGACUUACAAGUGGAGGAAGAAGUGUGUAAUGCUGCCAACAUCAGAGAAGAAAACUUAUUGAUAUGUGAAUACAGAAAUUUAAAGUGUGUGUGCGUGUGUGUGUGUGUGUGUUUGUCUACAUUUUUUUAUCAGAACAUACUGGAUGAAAGUCAGAAUUAAGAUGAACCACAGUAUCACCAAGAUUCAAGGCAGUAUACCUAUGCACAUUACAAGCUCUGUGUAUGCUUCCUCCCUUCAUGGAUGUGUAGGUUUGCUUCUCUUUUUAUUAUCAUUAUUACUCUUUGUGAAGUGUGGAACCAAAUGAAUAUGUUUAGUUUGACCAGAGAGAGAGAGAGAGAGAGAUUGUGUGUGUGUGUGUGUGUGUGUGUGUGCACACGUGCGUGUGUGUGUGUGUGCGCACACGUGUGUGCCCCCAGCAUUGCAAGUGAGCUGCCAGGGACCAUAUACAGUACAUAUGCCAAAGUGAAGGUAGCACAACAGAGUCUCAUUAUAAGACCUUAAGCCAGAUUAUGAAAUUGGUCUUUGAACAGGUACUAGAUUUUGGUGCAUAUAUUAGAGUGCUGUUUAGACAUACUAAUUGUGUUUAUCUUAUCUCUUCAAACUCAGAGCCAAAAAUGUAAGAUCCAUUCCUCACUUUAUCACUUCACUGUUUUGAAUUGUUAUAAAGACUUAUAUAAACAAUUUAUGCCAUCUUUUCCUAUUCAGAACAAAAGAAAAUCAAAUCCUUGUCUUGUUACUUAUAAAGGUAUUUACUAACAAUUUUACAUAAUUUGUUUAUCUUUGAUCAAAGCUUAUGGUUGGGAAGGUUUUUGUAUUUGUCUGCUACUAAUUUGACACCUAUAUUAAGAGUUUCAGGGCCAGGGCAAGGACUUUGGCACUGUAACUUCAGUUGUUAAUAUUAUGUUAGAUACUUGUCAUUACAUCUAGCUAGCGUUGAUGUGAGCAAAGAUAACUAUAGAGGUUAGGAAGGAAGGCAAACCAGAAAGACAAGAUUUGGUAAGACACUAGACAUGAACAGUAUGAGUGUGUGGGGAGUGUGGCCCAAGUGCCAAAGCAGAGUGUGAUGCAUUCAUUGGUAUGGCUCAUGCAUGGUUACAUCAGUUGUUUUGUGGGUUACCAUGUUUGCUGAAAGGUAGUAAUCCAUUUUAAAUUCUUACUGGGAGUAACUGUGUGCACAUUGUAUGCAUUGGAUCAGCACUUUUACCUUGAGAUAAGUACAUCUUAUAAUGAAGCUGUCAAUGUGUGUGUGUGUGUGUGUGUGUGUGUGUGUGUGUGUGUGUGUGUGUGUGUGUGUGUGUGUGAGAGAGAGAGGAGUGGAAAGUUAUCUUUUUAUUUGGGACCAGCCUUGAUCCUAUGUUGACACAGGCUGAUAUUGAACAAGUCAUAUUUGAGUGUUGUGUUUCCCAGUCCUGUGCUGUGGCUUGGGACUGCAGAAUGGAGCUGAGUAGCAGCCAGAGGGAGUGUGUUAGCAAUAGUGAUUUUAGCAGGGUUUGGUUUGAAUCAGCCACCAUUGCUGGGUGAGAUUAAAUUGUAAUAUUUCUGACAGGACUUAUGAGAUUAAACCCCUAAUAAAUCAGCUGCCUAGCACAUACAUAAUGAUAAGGUAUGUAAUUAGUUGCCUUAGAAGCUGUGCACUGCAGUUUCAUUCAUAGGUUUAGGGAUACUCAAAGAUGUAUUUUGGUUAUCCUAGCUGUAGCAGGUUGUGUGCUCAUUAGGGUGUAUACUUAGCUUUACAGAUAAAACAAAGAAAACAGUUAUAUUAUUGUUACUCAUGAAAAUAUAUUGAAUCCAGA